CGGGUGGGGGCCCCCGGGGAGGCUUGCCCGCGAAGAAACGCCCCGUGCGCACCACCGUUGGGCGGUUGGAAGCCGCACACGGGUCGCGGGGGUGGAGAGCGGAAACGGGCAGCCGGGGGAGGGUGGGGGCGGUUGGAUGGGACUGGGGUGUACGGGGGGCAGGGGAGUUGAGGGGGCAAGGGGAGGGGCAGCAACGGGCAGGGGCUGGGCCAACUGAGGGCACGGAAAAGGGGCGGGCAGAGGGUGAGCAGAGGGGCGAGCGAUGCAAGGGUGGCACCAUAGGGGGGAAACCAGUUGCACGGAGGUGGGAGAGGGCAGCAGGGAUGGGGAGAAGGGAGCGUAACGAGGGGAGAGCAAAGGGCAGGGGGGGAGGAAGGGAGGGGCAGGGAGGGAAGAGGCUGAACGUACAAGGGGGGAAACGAGGGGCAUGGAUGAUAGGAAACGAGGGCAGGGGUGUGGGAAAUCAAGGGCAGGGAGGAGAGAAGCAAUGGGUGAGGGGAAAACAGGGAGGGGCAGACGGGGGGCAGGGAGGGAAGAAACGUGGGGCAGGGAGGGGAGAAGCCAAAGACAGGGGCAUGGGCAGGCGGGGGCAGGGAGGGAGCAAAGGAGAGGCACGGAGAAAGAAAGGGAGGCGCGGGGAGGGGAGAAACCGGGCGUGGGGGGGGGCGGAAAAUGAGGGGCAGGGCGGGGAGGAGGGAGGGGCAGGGAGGGGAGAAGCUGAGCCACAGAGGGGGGAAAGGGUGCGGAUUGAGGAGGGGCAGGGAGUGGAGUGGGUCGGCGAGGGGAAGGAAGAGGCGUGCAGCAGAGGAGGGGAGGGGGAGGAGAAGGUAAAGGAGGGGAGCGCACGGGCGGGGAGGAGCGAAUGGCGGGCGGUGGGAAACGGCGAGGGGGGGCAGGGAGGGUCAAAAGAGGCGGCAAGGGAGCGGGCACGCGGAGGGUAG